AUGGAAGAAGCAAUCUGUUCAUCAAACCCGACCCAUAUUCCACCCUGGAAUCCUCCUCCACAGAUAACAGUUGUACCACCAUGUACAACUCCUUUUCUCCCGGUGACUGAAGACCUGGUCAACUUUAAGCAUAAAUUGAAGCAAUUGGAGACUGUGAUGUUUUCAGAUCUGUAUGAAGAUUUGGUUGGAAAUGGUGGAAUCGAGCUUCAAGACAUGGAAAUCUGGAAAGAAAUGGUGGAGGGUGUUCCAAAACGUGAUCUGAAACAGGUUCUAAUUGCGUGUGCAGAUGCAAUUUCAAACAACGAUUUCUCAACUGCCGGAAUUUUAAUAUCGGAGCUCCGGGAGAUGGUGUCAGUCGCCGGAGAACCAAUCCAACGCCUCGGAGCUUACAUGCUAGAAGGCCUCGUGGCUCGCCUCUCAGCUCAAAAAACUUCAUUAUGCAAUAGUGGGACCCACAACCUUUUAUCAUACACAAACAUGUUACAUGAAAUCUGCCCAUAUUUCAAAUUUGGUUACAUGUCAGCAAAUGGUGCGAUUGCCGAGGCAAUGAAGAACGAAAAGAAGGUCCACAUUGUUGACUUUCAGAUCGGUCAAGGAAGUCAAUGGGUCCCGCUAAUUCAAGCGUUUGCUGCCCGCCGAGGCGGGCCGCCCCGGAUCCGUAUAACCGCCUUCACCGACUCCAUGUCGGUAAACGUCGGUCAACGACUGUGUAAGCUCGCGAGAUCUUUCAAUGUCCCAUUCGAGUUCAAUUCCAUUUCCGUUUCCGUUUCCGAAGCCGGAGUUGACCAAUUCCGACUCCGGCCCGGGGAGGCUUUGGCGGUUAACUUCGCGUUUGUGUUACAUCACAUGGCGGAUGAAAGUGUGAGCACCGAAAAUCACCGGGAUCGGAUUUUACGGGUGGUGAAGAGUUUGAAACCGAAAGUUGUAACCCUAGUUGAGCAGGAAUCGAACACGAACACUUCCCCGUUUUACCCUCGGUUUCUUGAGGCUCUUGAUUACUAUAACGCGAUGUUUGAAUCGAUGGAUGAGAGUCUUCCAAGAGGGCAUAAGGAGAGGAUAAAUGUGGAACAAUAUUGUUUAGCAAAAGAUGUGGUGAAUAUAAUUGCAUGUGAGGGGAAUGAGAGGGUGGAAAGGCAUGAGCUACUUGGGAAAUGGAAGUUGAGAUUUAGGAUGGCCGGGUUUAACCCGUACCCGUUGAGUUCUUUGGUUAAUGGAACAAUUAAGACGUUGUUAAAGAAGUAUAGUGAGAGGUAUAGGCUUGAAGAAAGGGAUGGCGCUUUGUAUCUUGGGUGGAUGGAUAGAGAUUUGGUUGCUUCUUGCGCUUGGAAAUGA